UAUACUGCGGUGGCGAGCUCGCGUAUAUACCGUUGAUAUUCACAGCCAACUUCCGUUGUCGCAUUUCAUUUCACACCCACCUACGAUACCCAGAUCUAUCAGUGUUUGUACAACAUGGCACCUUCAGCAACUCACCACGCGCCUGAUGGCCGCAAGAAUGGCGAUAUCUACCGAGAUUAUAUCGACGACCGCAACGCAUCUUCGACCGAGACUCUUUACACCACCAGUAAUGGCGUGCCCAUGCCACACCCGUACGAGACGCAGAGAGUCGGCGAGAACGGUCCGCUACUUCUUCAGGACUUCCACCUGAUCGACCUGAUCUCACACUUUGACCGUGAAAGGAUACCGGAGCGGGUGGUUCAUGCUAAGGGUGGUGGCGCCCACGGCUACUACAAGACGACCGACCCCCUGGACGAUAUCUGCCUGGCAGACAUCUUCCAGCCAGGCAGAGAAUGUCCAAUCACGGUUCGCUUCUCCACCGUAGGUGGCGAGUCCGGCUCCCACGACUGCGCACGCGAUCCUCGUGGUUUCUCCGUCAAGUUCAGGACGGCCGAGGGCAACUGGGAUGUCGUGGCGAACAACACGCCUGUCUUCUUCCUGCGUGACCCGGCCAAGUUCCCGCACUUCAUCCACACGCAGAAGCGUCACCCAGCGACCCAUCUUACGCAUGCCGACGACUCCACAAUGUUCUGGGACUAUCUCUCGCAAAAUCCCGAGAGUAUUCACCAAGUCAUGAUUCUAUUCGGUGACCGUGGUAUUCCUGACGGCUGGCGAAAGAUGCAUGGUUACUUCGGCCACACAAUCAAGCUUGUCAACAAGAAGGGAGACUGGGUGUACGCUCAGAUGCACAUGAAGAGCAAGCAGGGCUCGGACUUCAUUACCCAGCAAGACUCUGCCAACUACUCGCCCGACUACGCGAUGAAGGAUCUCUUCUUCGCCAUUGAAAAGGGUGAAUACCCUGGCUGGGACGUUUGCUUCCAGACCAUGACCGGCAAGGAAGCCGAGGAGUUGUGGGAGAAGGAGAAGAUCAACAUCUUCGAUCUCACCCACGUCUGGCCGCAGAAGCAGUUCCCGCUCCGCAAGGUCGGCGAGUUCUACCUCAACGAGAACAUCAAGAACUACUUCGCCGAGAUCGAGCAGAUCGGGUUCAACCCGUCACACGCACCGCCAGGUAUCGAGCCGUCUGCGGAUCCUGUCCUACAGUCUCGUCUGUUUUCUUACCCGGAUGCGCACCGUCAUCGCAUUGGUGUCAACUACCAGCAGCUACCCGUCAACUCUUCGCAAACGCCUUACCGUAUCGGCAACUUCCAGCGCGACGGUAACAUGGCGUUCUACAACCAAGGUUCGCGUCCAGCAUACCUGAGCUCUAUCGAGCCAAUGUCCUUCCGCCAGCGCAGUGUCGAUCUUGACAAGACGCACGGUCACUUUAUCGGUGAGGCUGUCACGUUCUUGUCCGAGAUCCGACCGGAAGACUUCAAGGCUCCGCGCACAUUGUGGGAGAAGGUCUUCGACGACGGCGCGAAGGAGCGCUUCGUCAACAACGUCUCCGGCCACAUGCAGACCUGCACGAAGGAGGAGAUUAUUAAGCGCCAGAUUGCGAUUUUCCGUGAGGUGUCCGACGACCUUGCUACACGGCUUGAGAAGGCGACGGGUGUCAAAGGCUACGAUGGCAUUGCCAACCUCCGCUUCAACGGUACGCAUAACGGCUUUGCAAAGGACGAGAGCUUGAAGGGUGCGAACGGCGGGCCGCCACCUAAAGUGAAUGGUGAAGGUAUCGCCAACACCAAUGGCGCUCCACGCGCUGGCACGCACAAGGGGCAGUAGAUGGAUUGCAAUGAAUGGUGUACACUAGUGUAACAGCCGCCGAAUAUAUAUGAUUUGUACAGUGUUGUCCAGGACGAAAGAGAACGAUGUCUCUGCAUCGAAAUGUGUAGCGUUCAUAUGUCUCGACAUCCCUAGCUUCUCAAGAAAUG